CGCCCCUGCGCCCGGGGUGUGGGAGCGCGGCAGAGCGCGCGGCAGAGGCCGGGCGCGUGGGGACGCGGAGUGCGGGGUCUGCGCGAGCGGCGCGGCACACGGAGCGCGCUGGCCGCCUGAGCUCGGCGCGGAGCCCGGAGCCCGGAGCCCGGAGCCCGGAGCCGGCCGCCACCCGCCCCGUGUGCGCUGGGCGGUAGCCCCGGCCGCGGCAGCCCGGCUCCCGGGGAGCGCGCCCCGCCAUGGAGCCUUCGCACAAAGACGCCGAGACGGCGGCGGCGGCGGCGGCGGUGGCGGCGGCAGACCCCCGGGGGGCGUCCUCGUCCAGCGGGGUGGUGGUGCAGGUCCGCGAAAAGAAGGGUCCUCUGCGCGCUGCCAUCCCCUACAUGCCCUUCCCGGUGGCGGUCAUCUGCCUCUUCCUCAACACUUUCGUGCCGGGACUUGGGACGUUCGUCUCGGCCUUCGCCGUGCUGUGCGGCGCCCGCACUGACCUCCCGGACAGGCACGUGUGCUGCGUCUUCUGGCUGAACGUCGCGGCUGCCCUCAUCCAGGUCCUCACGGCCAUCGUCAUGGUGGGCUGGAUUAUGAGCAUCUUCUGGGGCAUGGACAUGGUCAUCCUCGCCAUCUCCCAAGGCUACAAGGAGCAGGGCGUCCCGCAGCAGCUCUGAGCCCUCGGGGGCCGCCGAGAAGUCCAGGCUGGCCGCAUGAGGGCCGCGCCAGGCAGCGGUGUACACAGGGACCUUUACACGUUCUCUUCUGCCGUUUCCUGGGUUUGGAGUGGAAAGUGGGGAUUUUUAAAAUAUUAUUUAUUUUGGAAACGCAUCUGCUUUUCUCAGCAGGCUCUGCGGGCUGCCAGCCCCUCCCCCUGUUCCAGAAAGCCCUGUAGGCGCAGGCACCCAGAAGAGCUCAAGUGCUGUGGGGAGUGGGAUGCAGACGGGAAUGCUAGGAUGCUCUGACUCGCCCCCGCCCUGCGUCGCCCCCUGCCCAUGGCAUGGGCACCCUGGAGCCACCAGGCUGGGCAGCAGGGGCCCCUCCCCUGUGAGCAGGGCCUCACCAAGAGGCAGGACUAUGGUGGUUACUUCCUCUGAGUCCCCCGCCCCUACCAGAGUGGUCUCCUGGGGGCAGCACAAGGGCAGGAGUGAGGAGGGACAGACUCCAGCCCGGCGUGGAAAAGCCUGCUGUGCCCUCAGCUGUGGGGGUACGGAUCCCCACAGGUGUCUCCCGGCCCUGCCCUCCUACGGCAGCCCCCACUUCCUUGCCACUGAGAUCUCUGGGCCUGGGGGUGUUUUGACAUUUGUCUCCCCGGGAAGAAGAGCAGUGGCUCCGUCCCUGGGGCAAAACCACUGGCACUGCGGGAUGUUCAUACACAAAAUCACCCACCCAGGUCUGAACGGGCACGGGCUGGCAGCCUUCCACAAUACACUUAACACCAUUUCCAGUCCACAGUCCUGUUUCUGAAAUCCUUGGGGCCGGAUGGGCCUCUGAAUUCAGAAAUUUGCGAUCUGAGAAAGAGAAUAGGAGACAUUCAGCAUCCAUUUCCUACCCUCUGCCGGAGAGGGGAACGGCUCUCCACCGUUAAGCACGUGACUAUUUCUGCAGAGAAACGUGAAUAGUCAGACUAACUGGGAUCAAUAAAAACUGUAAAUAGCCUCACCUCAGUUCAGGUUAGAUUUCCCACUGUAUAAGUUAUGGGAGAAAGCUUUACCAUUUGAGAGCUUUGGGGGUUUUAGAACUGCAAAAAACAAAAUUGUUUUGGGGUUGUGGACCUCUAUCUGAAAAUCCUUCUUGCAGACAGGUGCAUUGGGGUGACAUUGUUGGCGUCACAGAGGGAUUCCUCCCACCACAAAGGGACCAGGGACCCUUUAAGAUGCCUCUGUAAGUGAUUGUUGCAGAGUCAGAGCCCAGAAGAGGGAGGAACCAACAGAAGUUGUCCAGGCUACUGUAGGUCAAGUAUCAACCUGAAAUUAAGAGAAGGGAGAUCCAAAAUGGUGGCAUUUAGAUGUCCAUUUUCUUAUCAUUUUCAUUCUAACACAGGAAUCGCUAAAAUGUGCGACUGGACCAAGGCCAGGCUUCCAACCCCACUGGACUUUGUGCCAUUGGGUGGGUCUCUCUCUGAGGGGCCUUUCCUGUCUAUCAGGGGCUGGAGAAGUGACUGGUCUGGCCGUUUCCUCUGUGCUGGACGGGAAUGCCUGUGGAGCCUGAAGCUGGCUGUGAGCCCCUUUGCUGGCAUAAUCUCUGUUCUUAAAGCCCGCACCUGGGGCAGGGGCCCACCUAGCCUGUCCACGGUCCUGCCCGGAAGUGGGCCUCAGGCUCCCUGUGGCCUGGACAGCUCCCUGGUGUUCUCUGAGAAACGGAAUCCCCUCCAAACACUCACCACCCUGGGCCCCAUUCGGAGACGGUUCUCUGCUCCUGGCCUGCCCCUGCCCCGCCGCCCACCCCUUGGCUUUGACGAGCAUCUUGUCCCUCUUCCAUCGCUGCCUGGGGCUGCUUGCACUUUUUGAACAAAUGGCAGCAUCUUGAUCUCUUCCCUCCACCUUUCUUCAUGACCCAACCCAGGCCUCGGCUGUUUCACUGAUGUUUGGAGGCCUCUGUGUUUUCAAGGCGUGGGACCAGAUUUGGCUUUAUCCAGAAAGCCAGAACCUUUCGCUGUGUGAAGGCAGCAUCCUCCAGGCCAAGAAGAGAGCGGGCUGGCUCCUGGCUGCUCUCGAGGAGGAAGCGAUGUCCAAUCCUGGAGCCUGGAAUCAGAUAAAGCAGCUUCAGCUGAGGGAGAUCCCGGCCCAGCCCGCCCCCCCCCCCCUGCCUCCCCAGCCCUUCCCCCAAACUGUGCCCGACUUUACCUGACUCCCUGGAGUGAUGACAGGCCUCAGAGGGGGCUGCCCCCACAAGGGAGAGAGGAGGAUUUUAUUUUCCCAGCUUGGGCUGGGGGUGGCUGCUGAGGGGGUAGAGGAGAGAUGGCAAUUUAUGUUGCAUGUUUAGUGACACAAUCCAGGAACAGGUGGGGUUUUCUUGAGUGGCAGGUGUCACCAUGAGUCCCAGUGUGGGAUGGUUUAAUACAGGGGUUUGAGUGAUUGAAAGGACAUCUCCCCUCCGCACAGCCCCUGCCCUGGUCCCCCCCAACCUGUGGGCUGCUUCUCCAAACUCGAGAGGACAUUGGCCUCGGGAGGAAGUCCCUUUCCAGGUAACUGAUGUGUGGCAGAGACCAAGAGGACCCCGCCUGUCUUCUGAGCAAUGAGUCUGUGAGGAUUGCCACGCGGGUGGAGUCAGUCAAAAUAGCGUCCCUCCAAACUAGGCCAUGGUCUCAGCAUCAUCGUCUUCUCAGAUAAGGGACAGUGGCUAGCGUACCCCAUGUUGUCUGAGCUGGCCACUCGGCUGUUAGAUGGCCGGAGGUAAUUUAUUAAACACGAACCAGCUGAAAAUUAGGCUUCUCGUGCCAGCUAGUGCUUGAUUGACACACAGCUUGUGGCUGGCAGAGCUGGGCUUGCCUCGAUGGCGCAACACAGCAUGAUGGUCCAGGAGUCACAGGGCAUGUGGCGGGUUUGGCUUUUCAUCAGUCCUAGGACAUUCCUUGGCUUGGGUGUUUGGGACAGGGGUCACAGGCUCACAGAGAAUGUCACAGUGAAUGAGAGACCCCCAGGACCUAAUUAUGACAGAGUGGGACCCUGGAGCAAGGAUGAGCCACCUGGCACCUGGGAGUGUCCUGCACACAUGGAGACUGUUGACCUGGGUCUUCAGCUCUGAGGCUGCUGUAGAGCCAAGGACCUCAGGCCAGGGUCCCUGAGGGAGCACAGGAGGCAGGUGGCUCCUGGCUCUGGUCUGGCACCCCCCCACACUCUGCUGUGGCCCACCCCCAGCCCCGGCCUGACACGCCGCAGGCCCGGCCUUGGAGCCCAUCUCUGGCUGCACUGGAGGGGAGGGGAGGGCAGGACACGGAACCAGAUGCCCUCCAGAGGUUGGGCUCUCUCCCGGGCAUGGUGUGGAGCAUUCUAUCUCCUGUGACCCUUACUGACAGCCUGGCAGGGGGGUAUGAGUAUGCUGGGUUUUCAGAUGUCAGAGGUGCCAAGAGAGGAAGCCACAUGCCCCCAAACACACGACUCGUAAGGGACGGAGCUGACUCCACAGCCUGUCUCAAAGCCCUGCCCCCGAGGGGAGGGGGCCGAGAGAGGGUCCUUCCGGGGGCCUGGCCCACUCAGAAGUAACAGGGUGACACAACAACCUCCUCAGAAAGAACCGGAAGGCCUCCGCCCCGCCCCACAGGCACCCUAUUGUCAGCGUCCGGGGCAGCCCCAAACCCACGCUCCCUCACUGACGGCAGGCCCGAAGGGGCGCCCUUCCUGCUACACAGGGGACAGGCUGCUGGAGCUGGAGCUGGGCCGAGGAGCUCCCGGUCCUGACACGCAGGACCAAGUGCGCCCCGGCCCCGCCCUGGCCUCCAGGCGCUCUGACCCGUGGGUCCCGGAGGCGUGGCGAUGACUUCGGCCUCUUGCAAGGCUGCGAGGCUGAGGAGCAGCAGGAAGGACACGUGCAACCAGGAAGGAUAGACAGGAGAGAAAGCCACAUGGCCAGCAUGUUCCCCGGAGGAGCAGGGACCCAGACCUCAGAAAGAAACACCAAACACAGACCCCAAACACCGAGCCCCAAGGCCAGUGCAGGUGGGCUGAGGCCUCGGGACCAGGGGAGGGCCUUCCAAAGGCCCGGCUCCCAAGGAGGAAAGUGAGGGGCUCCACUGACAGUGAACUGUCCUUCUGGACCAGCGUGGCUAUUAAAAUCCCCCCAAAACCCUAACAUGUUUUCUCUAGUGAACCCCAUCCCUGCCCAGAUGGGGUGAGUCUGGGAGGGUGCCUUCAGUGUUGUCUGGAUCCAGCUCUGACCAGGGAGAGGAGCCGGGGACCCAUGCUGCUCCCAGGCCCACCUCAGGCUUUCAUGACACUGGCUGGCUUUCCGUGCUCGUGAUGUUGGCAAGGAAGGUGCAUUGUGUAAACUGCUUGAGAAUGUAUAAUUCAAAUGUAAAUUCUCCGGGUGGUGGUUGCAGGCAUUGCUUACUGUUAUUAUUACUCCCUCUUGCUGGUUGGUUUGGAGGGCUUUCAACAGAGCGAUUGGGGGUGGAUGAGCACUUUUAUAAAGUCGUGUCCCCGUGUCCCCCCCGCCCCCAACCGUGCUGGCCUCAGGCAGUCCUCACAGGAGGGGCUCCCUGUUCUGUGUCUGUGUAUUCACCAGGCUCUCAGUGGGCACUGGUUGGGCCACGCAGGUCCUGGACGUGGCCUCGGAGAAAUAGAUCAGAGAUGUUGCUUUCCUGGAAGGCAGCAGUGCCCUCGACGGCCAUCACAUCCAGCCCGGCCCGCACCCCCCACCCUGCCCCCACCCCCACACAUGGGUGAGAUAGCAAGGUGAGCCGAGGUAGGAGAGGGGAGAUGGUUCUCCGAGGACCAGGACUGGACCGCCUCCCUCAGAGAGCUCUGCGUGUGUCCUGGGAGACCAGGAGGCCGGCUGUCAGGGAAGGGAGGCUGAGGGCAGCCUGAGCAGGUGGGCGAUGCUCGGGGCCCUGUAUUUCUCACCAGUUCUUUUCCUGCUGGAUUCUUCGAGCCUCAGACUGUUCCUGGGCCACAGAGGCACGGAAGCUCACGCUCAGCCCUGUGGGUCCUCCCUAAAUCCCAUGAGGAGAUGGGAUAAACCGCUCUGGUGACCCCGAAUGCCCUGCGAGCCUGGGGCGAGUGCCAGCCUCAGUGUAGCCUGUCGCUCCGCUGCCUCAGGCUCUGGGAACCACAGGUAGGCUGGGAAGAGAGAGCAGCCUGGCAGGCAUCAUUUCCCCAUUUCCUCAAAGCAAAGGGCUGAGGACAAGCCUGUCUGGACGAGGAGGAGGGAGAGGAGAGGGAAAGACUGUGCCCUCCGUGCAGGCCCCAUGACCCGGAGGCCAGGCCUCCUUCCAGUAAAACAGAAACACUGGCCCCCUUUCCGACCCCCUCCCGGGCCCACCCCUCCCCCACCCCAGCCUGUCAGAGCGGGAGGCUGACCACGGGGUCCCACUUGUGUGUGUCCUGAGUUUCCAGUGCCACUUGUCUCCUGCUCUGGAUUUAGCUGUGAAAUCCCCAUCCCAAGUGCUCUCCAUCCCCACCUGGACUUGCCAAAACGCCGACCGCCCAGGCUGGUCCAGACUCUACCGUCCAGCCUCCACUCUUGCACCCUCCGGUGGGCAGGAGCACAGACACAUGCACACUCACACACACAUAUGUGUGCAUACAGUCGCACACGUGCCUGUGCACACGCACUCUCUUGACAUGCACACUCAUACACACACGCACACACCAACCCUUGUGACCUCUGGGUGAAGGGGGACAGGGUCUCUCUGGGACUCAGGGUUGGGACUGAACAUCUCCAGAGGAACCCGCAACCCAGUCCAGGAGCCGUCUCCUUCCGGCAUGGGCUCUGGCUGGUGGCACUCUUUGCCCUCGUCACCCCCACCCUGGGCCUGGAUGCACACACUGUCUCCUCUCUCUAGGGCCCCUGGUCUCCCAGGGUCUGUGGGGUCACCAUCCCCACUCCACAAACCCGGCUGUGCUCAUCCCCCACACCCCAGCUUGGCCUUCUGUGGGAGGGCGAGGUGGGUCUGCCCAGAGAAGAGGGGACGGUGGGCUCUUUCUAAGCUCUCGUAGGGCUCUCUUCUGAGGUCCUUUUCUGUCCCCACAGCCCUCCACCUGCCCCAGUACAGGAACCAGUGAGGAGAGAAGGGGACAGAGGUCAUGUCCACCCCGUUUUCUAGAUUCGCGCUUGACUGGAUGUCCAGCACAGGGAGAGGGCGAUGUUGGCUGGAACCGGCCUGGGCACCCAUGGGAGCACUUGACUGGCCCUGUUCACAGGCCAAGUUCCAUGCUGUUGUACAUGGUGCCAAUUUUUUUUUAAACAACAUACACAAAAACAAGACUGGUUCUGUGUGUAUCCGCUGAACUUACAUAUGGAUGAGUGUUGUGUUGUGAUUUGCAGUUUUUUGAUUCCGUAAUUGGCGUUCUCCGGGUCUCUCUUCUCUCCGUUGAAUUACUCGCUGUACAUUUUUUUGUUCUCUGAUGAGACCCACUCUCUGGUACUCCAGGACUUUCUGGUCUCACUUCUACCCAGACUCACUGGGAGCCCACCCACCCCCACCUGCUUCCCCCAGGAUCCAAUCCAGCCAAAGGGGCUUUCCAGCCCCUUCCAAUGACUGGAGCCUUCCUUGGUUCCAAGAGAGAAAGAAACUUUAAUGUCCAGAGCCCAGAGAAGCUUCCAGACUUGUCCUGGCCCAAACCUUGCAGGGGGGCACCCAGGCCUGUCUACAGCUUAGCUUUCCCGGAGCCCUGGGGACCCAGCCUCGCCACCAGCCGCGGCCACCGGGGUCUCCACAGUGCCCUCUAGGCGCUGUGCGGGGUUCCAAUUUCUCCAGCGUUCUGUCAGCUUUAAAAUUCAUAACUUGAGCACUGUUACUGCACAUGUAAUGAAAGGUACCAUGGAUGACAGUAAAAACCCGUGUACAUAGCUCCAUGUACAUAUUUAUAUAGACACACGCGUUCCUAUUAUAAAUAUACUAAGCAUGCCAUUCUCUUGGGCAUUCCAUGGUUGUGUUUUUUUUAAAUCCUGGAAGUAUGGCUUUGGAAACCUUUUCUUCCCUUCCCUCUUUUUCUAUGUAAUAAACAUUCAUGUGACCUUU